AAAAAGACAGAACCACAACCCCACAUAUCCAUCCAUCCUACAAGUUUGACCGACCUUCUUCUCCAACCCCAAGUUUGACCGGAGAAGCCGAGUCAAGGAGGGGAAAGAGACCAGAGAUAGCCAUUCAUUUUUCAUCUCCAUCUUCAAUUCCAUUCCGAUCCUUUUGUGUUGCGGAAAGAAAGAUCGAAAAAGAUGGGAAGCGGCGGCGUAGAAUAUGAUGAUCAGAUAAAGGAGCUGAAGGACAUAUUCAUGCGGUUCGACCUGGACAGAGACGGCAGCCUGACGCAGCUGGAGCUCGCCGCCCUCCUCCGCUCCAUCGGCCUCAAGUCAUCCAACGGCGACCAAAUCCACGCCCUCUCCGCCCACAUUGACGCCGACGGCAACGGCUCCAUCGAGUUCGACGAGCUCGUCCGAGCCAUUCUGCCCGACCUCAACAAACAGGUCCUGAUCAACCAGGAACAGCUCAUGGAAGUUUUCCAGUCCUUCGACAAGGACGGCAGCGGCUACAUCACCGCCGCCGAGCUGGCAGGCCAGAUGGCGAAAAUGGGGCAGCCACUAACGUACCGUGAGUUGACGGAGAUGAUGCGUGAGGCGGACAUGAACGGCGACGGCGUGAUCAGCUUCAAUGAGUUCGCCAACAUUUUAGGCAAAUCGGCCUCCGACUUUCUCGGCCUCGCUGUCUCUUAGCCCGGCCGUCACCCUCCGUUUCCGUCACUGCCGUUACAAUAAACUGCCCGUCGUUUUACGUUAAGUCUGACGUUAGCGACGACCAUGGGUGUUUUUGACCACACGGCAAACCAGAUGCAUGCAUGAUCGACGACCAUUCUUUUUUAUUUUCUUUUUAGAUGUUUCGCAUUUUAUUCAUGUACACAACAAACAUAUGUAUAUAAAUACAAAUGACAUUCAUUCCUCAAAAAAAAAAAACACAAAUGGCAUUCAUGUGUACUUCGAUCCUGAUCCGUGCAGUAGUGAUUUUAAAAGAUCUACGCAAUGUAUAUUGGGUUGAAUUAUGAGAUUUAUGAGAACAUUAUGCGAAAUAAGACAAAAAAGGUUUGAAAUUUCCAAAAUAGGUCUGUCAUGUUUUUAUUCCUAAAAUAGGACUAAUUACUGUCAUGUUUUGGAAGUACUAGAUUUCAAAAUGGCAGUAAUUUCCAAAUUUAGCAGUAAUUAAUCCUAUUUUGGGAAUAAAAAAUAUGACAGUCCUACUUUGGAAUUUUCAAACUGUUUUGGUCCUAUUUCGGGAACUUUCCCUAAA